CGGCGGUGAAAGGUGAGGGGAGCUUGAAGAGCGGUCAGAUCAGAAGUAGCCGUGGCCGUCACCCACUGGUUAUGGGAACGAGUGUUUCCGCUGAAAUGUGCUGUGCAGCACUACGCCUGGGGGAAGGUUGGACCGGAGAGUGAGGUGGCAAAACUAAUUUCAAGUAAUGAUCCCUCGAUAGUCAUUGAACAAGAGAAACCCUAUGCUGAGUUAUGGAUGGGAGCCCAUCCCAAAGGGGAUGCAAUCAUUUGCGACAACCGAAUUUCCCAGAGGACUCUUGGGCAGUGGAUUUCGGAGCAUCCUGAAUGUCUGGGGUCAAAGGUGAAGGGUGUUUUCCAGGGACAGCUGCCUUUCUUGUUCAAGGUGCUUUCGGUCAACAUCUCGUUAUCUAUUCAAGCUCAUCCAAACAAAGAACUAGCUGUGCAACUCCAUGCUCAGUUUCCAGAUAGAUAUCCUGAUAAAAAUCACAAACCAGAAAUGGCCAUUGCACUGACUCCAUUUGAAGGACUCUGUGGAUUCAGACCAGUGGAAGAAAUUAUUGGAUUUUUGAAGAAUGUCCCAGAAUUUCAUGCAGUGAUUGGCAAUGAAGCUGCAGAAAUGCUUGAAAAUAGCCCAGGUGACCCACGCCAGAUAUCUGAUGCUUUGAAGAAAUGCUUUACUAGAAUGAUGAACUGUGAAAAGAAGACAUUUGUUGAUCAGCUGAACAUGCUGGUGAAGAGAGUGUUGGAAGAAGCUGCUGCAGGCAAGGACACAGCAGGAAGUAACGGCGAGCUGUUGCUGCGAUUACACUCCCAGUUUCCGGGUGACGUUGGAUGUUUCGUCAUUUACUUUCUGAAUCUGGUGAAGCUGCAACCUGGGGAAGCCAUGUUUCUGGGAGCUAAUGAACCCCAUGCUUAUCUUUAUGGAGAUUGCAUAGAAUGUAUGGCAUGUUCUGAUAAUACUGUGCGAGCUGGCCUCACUCCAAAGUUCAUUGACGUUCACACCCUUUGUGACAUGCUCAAUUACACACCUGCACCAGCAAGUGAAAAGAUCUUCCCCUUUAUUCGGGAUCCCUGUGAUUCAAGUGUUUUCAUGUACGAUCCUCCAGUGCCUGAUUUCACAGUAAUAAAAAUAGAGGUUCCAAGUUCAGUGAAACAGUACACGAUAUCUUCCAUUGAUUCUGCAAGUAUCCUGCUCGUGAUCAGUGGUGAGGCCUCGGCCACUGCUAACCCUUCUCAGAUCAACGUACGACGAGGAUCUGUGCUGUUCAUUGCAGCCAAUGAGAAUGUUGACCUGUGUAUCAACUCAACGGACGGAAUGCUACUCUUCAGAGCUUGCUGUGUGCUGUAACAUCUCAACUUUCACUCACUAUCUUUAGGAUUUUAAAGAAAUUAUAUAUAGUGGCACUGUAGGCUGAUGGAUAGAAUGUUAAUGCCCAUGUGAAAAGUUAGCUUUUUGCCAGUUUUUGCAAGAUUCAAAACUACCCUCUUUUAAUUGAUGGUUAUCCAUUUUUCUGUGAGGAAAUCAAUUUGAUCCCUUUCUCCAUUACUAAUUCUGUUUGCCUCAUUUCAGUUUUAUGUGCAUUAGCUUGUUAUCGCAAUAGUAACAAAUUUGUUUUAGUUCUAAACUAUUUAGUUCUCACUCCACAGAUCCAAGAACUUUCUGCAUUCUCAAUCUACAGCCUCGCUUUUACAUGAUGCUUUCUCACAAUACGCACUAGGUUCAUAUAAUUUGCUGAUGAGCUUCAGUGCCCAACCUCUGGGUAGUGGAAAAACAAGUUUGAAAACUGUUGAAUGAACUUUGCGGCUUUGAGUUCUGGAGCCAAGGUCAUUGCAUUAUUGUUGGGCCACACUGGAAAUGUGCUUUUGAACAAGCUCUGCAUUUAGCAAGUUGUCCACGUACUGAUAUAUCACUGGCACAGACCAAACAGUAGGACAUUGCCUGGCUCCUUCCUUUCCACAAAGCGCAGGACGUGUCCCUUCAGGCUAAUUAGUGCAGAAUGAAGAGUGCUGUUGAUAUCAAAGUAGUAUCUGACCAAGCAUGGCUCCAAUAAAAUAGAAACCAGGCUGUGUGGGUGGGAAUAGGUGAGUCUCAUCUAGCACAAAUGGAGAUGGCUGUGGUUGGUCAACCAGCAGAGAGAAAGGAAAUUACUUGUCAAUAAUGCCCACAUCGUGUGAAUGAAUUUUAAAAACACAGUCAAACCAGUAUUUAUAGUUUUGCAGCUUGCUGACAGCAUUGGAGCUAUCCUUUGGGUGAUUGUCACGGACGUGUAUCUAAUUGGAAGGCAUUGAAGGCAAACUGUCUUGCGCUACAUUUCCUAAUAGUAUUUACAUAGUGAACGUUUACCUCAGAUCUGAAACAUCCUGUAAUAUGCAGCUUCUUGGCACCAUCUGAAAACAAGAUGAGGGAGGGAACAAUGUUUUAACAAAGAUGUAUAUAGCUGGAGUAGAAGGGAAGUGUAAAAUAUUCAUAUCGUCUGUCUUCCACUGACAUUUCUAUUUAAAGGCUGGCUUAGUUUAGUAUUCUAGUCUUGUAUUGAGUGAGUUGAUGCUACUACAUUGGUAGUAACAGAUGUGAAAUAACGCAAAGAAAUCUGAGAGCUUUAUGAAAUGUUACAUAAAAAGAAAUUGCCGGGGAUGCUCAGCAGGUCGGGAAGUAUCUGUGGAAGGAGAAGCAGGUCAAUGAUUUUUCAUCAGAACCUUCAGUGGAAGUGGGAGCUCUGGUGCUUUUGUGUGAAGUGGAGAGAAGCUGCUGGAUGAGCAUACCAGGAGCAGAAUCAGGCCAUUCGGUCCAUCCACUCUCCUCCACCAUUCAAUCAUGGCUAAUUUUUUUUUCUCUCAACCCCAUUCUUCUGCCCGUAACCUUUGACGCCCUCACUAAUCAAGAACCUAUCAACCUCCGCUUUAAGUGUACCCAAUGACUUGGCCUCCACAACCAUCUGUGGCAAUGUAUUCCACAGAUUCACCACCCUCUGGCUAAAGACAUUCCUCCUCAUCUCUGUUCUAAAGGGACAUCCUUCUAUUCUGAGGCUGUGUCCUCUGGUCCUAGACUCUCCCACUACUGGAAGCAUCCUCUCCACGUCCACUCUAUCCAGGCCUUUCAAUAUUCGGUAGGUUUACCUCAUCCUAUUAAACUCCAGAGAGUACAGGCCCAGAGACAUUAAACACUCCUCAUACGUUAAUGUGAUAUGCCAUGUGCGGGAAGGGACUGACAUCAGUUCUGGACUGACCAUAGGUGUGUUAAUUGUGUCAGAAUUUUUUUUUGCUACUUAACCUUUGUUUUUAUUUAAGUUAAUUUAUGAUCAUUGUAGUUUGUCUGGGUUAUGUUGGUAUGGAAUGAUGUGUACUGUAUUAAAAGUAUGGUCAAUUAGUUUUCUGCGUUCCUAGCUAGAGGCUUGAGUUCUUGCACAGGUUAACGUAAAAUAUGCAAAGACUUUUUCAUAUCAAGACUGUGAGAAGGAAAAUGUACAUUAAGAGGAAUUGUUAAUUCAAUUAAUGUGUACUGGGGGGAAAAAAGGCUGGAAAUCUUAAACAGAAAAUGUUUGGAUGCACAGCAAAGCCAUUGGCAUCUGGAAAAGUCAAGAUGGGUUUGAGCAAAACUGCAUCUGCUUCACUUGUUUCCUAAAAACAUUAUGACUUUCAUGUAAGGACAAAUCUGUUGAAAGCUCCAGGCUUAUUUUACCCUAAACUUUUUCACUGUUAAAUGCACUGGUGCAUUUAAUUGGAAAAAAAAUGGCAAACUUGAGAAGUCCCUCAGAUAACUUUUGACCCAAUGAACUUUGCCUUUUUUUUCCAUGAAACCUUACACCCCUCAAUAAAUAAGUGGGUCAGGAAGCUUACCAUGCAUGCAGUGGGUAAUCUAUCAAAGUCAGAGAAGAAGGACUUUCAUGCCAUCUGCUUGCUGCACCACAACAUAAUGCCAUUUGGUCCAUUGUGUACAUAUCAGCUCCCAUUCCCCUUUUCAUUUCCCUGCGGCACUGCAAUUUAUUCUCACCUGUCCAGCUUGGGGAUGUGAGAGGAAACCAGGGCAAAUGGUGGAAGCAGUGGUCAGGGGCUGAAUGUAAAAAACACACACACAGCAACUGAGGUCAGCAUUAAACCUGGUGUGCUGGAGCUUUGAGGCAGUGGCACUAACCAAGAGGCAGAUGCCACCUCCUGAUGUGGCAGGCACGGUAGUGUAGUGGUUAGCGUAACGCUAUUACAGCGCCAGUGACCCAGGUUCAAUUCCGGCUGCUGUCCGUAAGGAGUUUGUACGUUCUCCCUGUGUCUGCGUGGGUUUCCUCUGGGUGAUCCGGUUCCCUCCCACAUUCCGAAGAGGUACAGGUUAGGAAGUGGGCAUGCUAAGUUGGCCCGGAAGUGUGGUGGCACUUACGGGCUGCCCCCAGAACACUAUGCAAAAGAUGCAUUUCACUGUGUUUCAAUGUACAUGUGACUAAUAAAGAAAUUUUAUCUUA